AUGACUAACGUGUCGUCAUCAUUUCAUCUUUUAAAAGCUCUAUUCUUGCCUUUCAAUUCCCUUGUAAUCGGUCCCUCUGUAGAUCCACCCUUACCAAAGAGAUCCACUUUCCAAAUUCCCGUCCCUGCCGAGCACGAUGUGCACGGUUCUGAGCUGAACCAUUACGAGGAACAGGAAAAGGAGUGGAGGGCAAAGGAAGAGGUAAAGGUCGACAUAAAGGAAGAGAUCAAGAAAGCCAUGAAAGAGCUUCAAUGCAUCCUAGAUAUCGCGGGGCUUAGUUAUGAAGACUUAUGUAUUCAUCCAAAUUUGAACCUUCCAGAAGGGUUCAAGAUCCUGAAGUUUGACACCUUCGGAGGAGUGGGAAACAGUAUGGCUCAUUUGCGAGCCUACUUUGACCAGCUCGUGGGAGUUGGAAGGGAUGAAGAUUUACUGAUGCGGCUCUUCAGCCAAAGCCUGUGCGGAGAAUCUCUUGAAUGGUUCACAUCUCAUGAAACCAGGCAAUGGCCCAGCUGGAAUGCAUUGGCCAAAGAUUUUCUCGAUCGAUUUGCUUACAAUGUAGAAAUUGUUACAGACCGAUACUCUUUGGAGAAGAUGAAGCAAAAAUCAACCGAGAGCUAUAGGGAGUUUGCCUAUAGGUGGAGAAAAGAAGCUGCAAGGGUGAGACCACCCAUGUAUGAAAAAGAGAUCGUUGAAGUAUUUGUGCGCGUGCAAGAUCCUAAAUAUUAUGAUAGAAUUAUGUUGCUCGUUGGAGCGAAGUUUGCUGAGAUAGUCAAGAUUGGUGAGACUAUCGAGGACGGUUUGAAAUUAGGAAAGAUAGACCAUGUAUACGCAUCACCUGGAUCUUCAGGGUUGUUGAAAAAGAAAAGAGAGGAAAUCGCUGCUGUUUCAUAUGGGGGAAAGAAAACCCCCAGAAGCUCGUCAUAUUCCCAAGGUCGUUCCCGUCCUUCCCAAAAGUCCUACCAAGCUUGCUACGCACAAGCUAGUCAUCCCAAUAAUCCUUCAAUUUAUCAGAAUGCUACCGCCACUUAUCUAAACAUCCAAGCUCCACUAUACCAAAGUCCACCCCCAAAUUACCAAAAUCCAUCUCCCAUUUACCCAAAUCAUCCUCCACCCUACUAA